UCUUUCUCAGUUACUCUGUUAAUAUUUUUUUUUCGGUUCAUUUGAAUCAUAACCAUACAUAAAGUAAUGCUGCUCACUGUAUUUUGGCAGAGUGUAGGUUGAAGGAUUCCAUUUGAAAAAAGGGGCUCGAGCUCUUGGGGCGAUUGGUUUUGGGAAUGUUGAGUCGAUGGGAAUUAUGUUUGAUGUGAAAUUUUCAGCAAUGAAGUCAUUAAACAUAGAGAAGAAAUGGGUAUUUCCUCUGGUUUUAAGCGCAUUCGUGUGUUUUUUCCUUGUCGUAACCUCGUUCAAUAUGGGCCUUAUUACUUCAUUACACACAAUCAAUUCAAUCUUUUCAUCAUCUCGUGUCAAGAUAAAUCAAACUAGCUCGUAUUUUGCUGAAUCGAAAAUUAACCAACCACCACCCCCUCCUGCUAUUCCACCUUUACCCCGUUUCGCUUAUUUGGUAUCUGGAUCAAAGGGUGAUCUAGAAAAGCUUUGGAGAACGCUGCAAGCACUGUAUCAUCCACGGAACUAUUAUGCUGUUCAUCUGGACCUAGAAUCACCUGUGCAGGAGAGAUUAGAGCUUGCUUCCAGAGUAGAGAAAGAUCCCAUUUUUGCACAGGUAGGGAAUGUGCAUAUGAUCACCAAAGCAAACAUGGUGACCUACCGUGGACCUACCAUGGUUUCUAACACUCUUCAUGCCUGCGCGAUUCUUCUCAAGAAGUAUAAGGAUUGGGAUUGGUUUAUUAACCUGAGUGCUUCUGAUUAUCCACUGGUGACUCAAGAUGAUUUAAUCUACACUUUUUCUGAUUUAAAACGAGAGUUCAACUUCAUUGAUCACACUAGCCGGUUGGGUUGGAAAGAGGGUCAAAGGGCAAUGCCGCUUAUGGUAGACCCUGGGCUCUAUAAGAAAACUAAAUCUGACAUAUUUUGGGUCUCGCCAAGGAGAACUCUUCCCACAGCCUUUAAACUCUUUACAGGUUCAGCUUGGAUGAUCCUCUCUCGUGCUUUUGUGGAGUACUGCAUAUGGGGUUGGGAUAAUCUUCCUAGAACCCUACUUAUGUACUACACAAAUUUUGUCUCCUCUCCUGAAGGCUACUUCCAGACCGUUGUGUGCAAUGCCCCAGAAUUUGCUACAACUGUUAUUAACCACGACAUGCAUUAUAUUUCUUGGGAUCGCCCUCCAAAACAGCAUCCACACAAUCUCAACCUUAACGACACAGCAAAAAUGAUUGCAAGUAGUGCUCCAUUUGCGCGCAAGUUCAAGCGUGAUGAUCCUGUUCUAGACAAGAUUGAUAAAGAACUCCUUCGUCGAAGUAAUGGUAGCUUCACACCAGGGGGUUGGUGUACUAGCAGACCUUCUUGUUUAAAGGUUGGAAAUCCAGCAAAGCUUAAACCUGGUCCAGGGGCUAAAAGGCUUCGGCGUCUUAUUGGUAACCUAGUUUUGGCAGCUAAUACUAGUCGACAGCAGUGUAAGUAGUUAUACUUUCCUUGCCUUUCUGAUGAAAAAGGGAGGGGAUUAGAGAGUUCUAUUCAUAGAUCCAGAGAAUAACAUAUUAAGAUCAGAUCAUUUUGUAAUAUAAAGAUUUACACAUCCUUGUAACCCUUUUGGUUUUUGUAGUAAGUUCAUCCUUUCUGCCCUAA